CCGUGGUUAAAUCUGGCCCCCGUGCAACCAGCUUCACCAAACGGGCCCUCUUUUCCCAUUGCUACUCUUCAUCUAAAAGAAUUGCUUCUUUUAGCAGAUCCUCAAUUUCCUCAAUCUUCAUCUCCGGUCGGCUCUCUUCGGCGUACCAUGUCACCUGCACAUCGCCAGUCCUGCGACCGCUGUCGCCAGCAGAAAGUGAGGUGCUUGCGAGACAACAAUGCUUCUGUCGCAGGCCCAGGCCGGGGUUCCGCUUCCCUGUUGUGCGACCGCUGCGCAAAAGCAGGAACGGAGUGCGUGUACAGUGAAACAACGAGGCCAUCGCCGUCGCUGUUCUGUUCGCUCGCCUGUUCGCUCGCCUAGCGAAAUUAAAGCCACAGAUCUCUUCGACCUCGGGCCGGCCUUUGGUAAUGUUGAUGGGACGCCCAGGUCAUCGACUGGUCCCUCCCACGUCAUUACCGCCUUGAUGGGUCACCCUUCUUCCGGCCUGCAUGUUGACGAAAGCGAGACGGGUGCCGGCGGCUUCGGGGCACCGGACGCAGAGAACCACCUGCUGCCACUUCAAAUCCCCCCAACUUCAAUCGAGUCACUCGCCAGCUUGCUAGCAGAGGCCGUAUCUGCUUCAUCCACGCCGGCGCUGCCCUUUUAUGACGCCAUCGCCCCAGCUCCAUUGAUGGAGAUCGACGCCGACCACGAAGACACAACGAGCUUCUUGUUCUCACAGCUGACGGCCGUGAGCCAAAGGGCCAUGCGGACAGCCCGCCGUCUCGCCCGCUCCGGCACCGGUGCAGGGGCAACCACCCUGAUGGUGUCGUCGCCCGAGGUGAACGAGGCUUUGGAGGACACGAAUACGCUGAUAAGCACCGUCAACCAUAUCAUGACAAUGACCACGACUGAUUGCGCCGCACUGGCCUUCUCAGCUCUCGCUUGUCACCAAAACCUCAUGACGCUCUUCCGAGCCAUUUGCGAUGCCAUACAGGGUAGACUGCAGGCCAAGAAAGAAGAACGGGAACAACAACAGCAGCAACAGCAACAACAGCAGCAACAGCAACAACAACAACAACAACAACAACAACACGCCGCCCGAGACAACAGCGGCGUGGGACCUCUCAAUGUCGCCCAGUUCGUCAUGGUGCUGCAAUUGCUGAUGCAUCUCAUCACCCGCAUGGGCCGCUUCUUGGUGAUAUCGCCCACGACGACUGAGCAGGAGAGCCAGUUUUUCGCACCAGCUGCCAUGCUCGACGGCAGCACUAUGGCCACCGACGACUAUGGGAUUGACAUUGUCUCCGGUCAGUCUACUGCAUCGUCAGCCACACCAUCGCACCACUCGACGCGCCGCAGUGGUCUGCUUGAGCAUGUGCAAGAGAUUCUCGGAAACAUACCCAGUGAGCGUGAGAGACUGAGGCUCAUCAUUCAGGAACUGCAGGCGGAAAUGGACCAUGCGGAAAUACACUAGAGGUAGCGAGAUGUGUACUACUACAUUAUACACCCCUGUUCUAGACCUGUGGCUAUAGACUGGAUUCAACAUCCUUAGUAGCAUAUGGUGGGUCCCAGAAUAUGUUCACGCAAUGUCCGUGGUAACACACAAAAUCAGGUAUAGUGUACGGAUUACAGUCAAACCCUACACAUACCGUUUAGAGACAUAACGAUUUCCGGCACAUACCGGUCAGAAUCCUGAGCCCACCAUGACAUACUAAGGAUAACUUGGUU